AUGAGCUGCAUGUUUCCGAGCAGACUGGAGAACGGCUGCCCGAGAUCGACAAACACGAGCAUCUACUAUUCGUUAGAUAUUGAACCACUAAAAGGACUGUUGCCAUUAAAUCCAACCGGGAAAUCGAGAGUUAGUGAGGCACAACAAAAUCUUACCGCAGGAGAAACCCGGUUGAGUGAUUGCUUAGCGGAAGCUCCCAGCCAGCUGGAACAAAUCGCUAGGGACUCGUUCGCGAACACUAAGCAAUGCUUCGACUAUUUGGUCGCACGGCUUAAGCUUGUGCGCAGCAAUGUCAAAGAACAUAUUGAAUUCUUCGUAGGCAAAGUUCAUGAAAUUCAACAAAUAGGAGAUACCUGCGUAGCGGAAAAUCCCAACCUGCUGGAUCAAGUACUAUGUGUACUGGAUCAUAUCAGUGAAAGUAACGCUAUCGUGUUGGAAAUAAUACAAGAUGCCGGUGACCUACUAGCGGAAACAAUCAAGGAAUCUGUUUCCUUAGCUACCGACACUAAAGGAUGUCUUUUGGAUGUGGUGAGACAAACUCACAACGACUUGGGCAAGCUUGUAACAGACGUGCAUCAAUGUCUGCAUCAAGAACAAUCAAAGUGAACAAACGGAACCACUAGUAAGCAUUUAAACAUUUAUUAUUCGAAUACACUCUUAACAUAACAUUCAACAAAUAAAAUUUAUUCUUC